UCGCUGGCUAGCUAUUUAUUUUCAUGAACUGAAGUUCAGUUUCAAUAGGCGAACAACAAGUGUUUACCUAGCUAAUACUUACUCACAAGGAUUCCUAAAUAAUUGCUAAGUAUAAUGGAAAUGACUGCAGUUUUUACUUUUCAGGCUGGUUGUAUUGGUGCUAGCUAGGUAGCAGGAUAAAGCUAGCUAGCUACCCCAGAAGUUCUGGUCCAACACAAUAUUCUACAAUUAAACUGUGUUAUUUGACGUAUCAAAUUAAAAGCUUAUUUAACGUGUCAAAUAGUGUUAUUUCACCGUAUAUUUUUUUGACGCUCAAAAACCCAAAAGGCGUUCCAUACCUAUAGGACAGCCACCUCAGUGGUGGGAGGUAAGAUAUUCAACAUGCAACAGGUGGUUCAGUGAACUUAGGCCUACAUGAUGAGUAACAUUGUCAGAGAGUAUUGUGAUAGCUCCCUGAGCUAAUGCCCAGGCUUCAGCUCAGUGGGUUAAUACAGCCUUUUAGCAGACACUUAUCCAAAGGAAGUUACAGUCAUACACUUCGUUGGUGGUUGUGUGGUACCGGGAAUCUAACCCACAAGCCUGACUGUGCAAGCGCCAUGCUCUACCAACUGAGUCAUACAGGACCCCAGGUUUAAACCCAGUCAGGCACAGUUCUACCCAAACAACUGAGUCAUACAGGACCCCAGGUUUAAACCCAGUCAGGCACAGUUCUACACAAACAACUGAGUCAUACUGACCACAGGUUUAAACCCAGUCAGGCACAGUUCUACCCAAACAACGGAGCCAUACAGGACCACAGGUUUAAACCCAGUCAGUCACACCUCUACCCAAACAUACUUUCUUAUUUUUGUAAGAUGUAUCUUUAAAAAAAAAAACAUUACAGAACCUACACAUACAAACGACAGCUAACAGCCCACACAAACAUCCACAACAUCACCCCUACACAGACCCACCUGUCGUUACGCGCAUCAGCGCUUCAUUUGGACUCAGUAGAUUCCAACACUUUAUUGAUUACCUCCCCUAUAUCUGUCUGUUCCUCAGUUUGAUCCCUGUGUCAUCAUUAUUGUUGUUAUGUUUCCCCUGUCUAGAUGCUGUCCUUGCUUGUUUCAUGUUGGUUAUUUAUUAAAUGUUCACUCCCUGUACUUGCUUCUCGUCUCCCAGCGUCUCUCCUCACAAUCUAUCAUAUGAAUAUCCUUCCAAUAGUUCAUAUUAUUUUCUAAGAGAUUGUCAGUUGGAUAUGCUCUCUGCUAGAUUUUAUAUAUCUUACCUAUCAUAUGAAUGCAGAUCCUUCAAUAAGAUUCCAUCAACAUUUUCUGAUGUCCAAAAGAUUUCAAAUUGAAAUUUCACAAUAUUAAACUGUUAAAUUAACUUUCUAAUCUUUCCAAAUAUAACGUUAUUAUUUUGUUUAUUCCACCAGACCUCCUUACCUCUGUGCCCUCUGUCAAUCCCCUUGAGCCCACGGUCAAGCCAAAGCCUGGCAUGUGUGAGUGCGUGAGGUUGGGGUCCCGAGCCAUGGUGAGACGUUCUUUCCCAUCCACAUGGUUCAACUCUUCUAGAUAUAUUACAGCUCUGACUUAAAACAUGAUUCCAGGUGGCCUUGCUUCUAGAUAUAUUAUUUCACUGGAUGUUGUACAACAUUGUUAGGCCUAUUUUAAAUACAAACUGUGAAAAGUAUGGAAAGUAUCACUUAUACUUUUUCAAGUGUUGGUGAUUUUAGUUUAAAAAUUGACAAAAGAUGUGUGUAUUUGUGUAUAUUAAUAACUUACUAUUUAUUACAUGAUUAACUAUUGUGCCUGAUUCAUUCCUCAACAUGUAGUCUACUGCUCAGCAACAGCCUAAACUUUCAUUUGGUCAUAUCAUUUAGUCAGAAUCACAUAAUAUUGUGGGCAGAAGCCCAAUAAAGGGUCCAUCAAUAAAAGGUUGGUGAUGAUGUUUCUGGUUUUUAUUUGUUGAAUCUUCACCCUACAACAAUAAAAUAUAUGCCUAACGAUUGCUAUUUUCUCUUUGGGUAAAAUACAGGUUGCAUUACAGUAGAGUAGGCCGAGUUUAUGACUACAGGUGCGCAUGUUGGGGGUAAGGCGAAACCGCAGGAUGGAAACGUAGGUUUUUGGUGUACCAGAGCUGUUUCCUUCCAUUGCGUCACGCAGAACACCAAUUAUUGCAUCACAAUAGCUUGGCGCACACCUGCCAUGACUGUGUUCCAUUACAUCCCGCUGUGGUCAGACUCACUGUAUCCACCAGACAGCUCGGUAACAGUGUGACAUUGCUUAUUACUUCAACCCCAAGUUUCCCCUUGGUAAAGAACGCAUUUAUCUAAACAGCACUGGAUAGAAGCUACAUCUCCGUGCGCAUUUUGCCCAUCUUUCAUCCUACAGUGGUCGUGGUGAUGUGUGACUGAAGAAGUCAUUAUGUUUGCCAAUUCAGUCGAGGACCUUGGCCUCCGUAAGCUAGUGCCACGGCUCCUCAAAACAUCCGAGGAGGAGUUCGGCUCAGAGAGGGUCACCGGGUACUUCAAACUAUUCGUGGUUCUCCUCUCCGUCCUUCUUUUCCUCUUCUGGGUUAUCCAUCUACGGAAAGAUGAUGAUGAGGUCUACGACGAGAUUGACUCAAACCUGGUCAACAGGUUCACAGAGGGAGUCACCCUCAACUACAAAUACCUCCAGCGCUUGGAGGGGCGGCUGGACAUGAAGACGCUACAGAUAGACAGACUGAACGCUGAAGCGAACUUUGACCUCUCCUCCUGCUGCUGCUAUGGUUCUGACUCCUGCUCUGGUGGACCCUCCUGCAGCUACACCUCUGACUCCUGGUCUGAGAGGUCCUCCUGCAGAUACACCUCUGACUCCUGCUCUGGGAGGUCCUCCUGCAGCUACACCUCUGACUACUGCUCUGGGAGGUCCUCCUGCAGCUACACCUCUGACUCCUGGUCUGAGAGGUCCUCCUGCAGAUACACCUCUGACUCCUGCUCUGGGAGGUCCUCCUGCAGAAACACCUCUAGAACUAAAACACAUUCUAGAUCACAUUGUAGAUCUUCCGGAUCUUCUAGGUCCUCCUCCAGAUCUAGUGGUGGUGACUGCAGCACCUGCCGACACUGUAACAAACUGCCGGACAGGUUCCUGGGCGGUAGUCUGGAUAGUCCCUACCCAUUGGAUAGUCUGGAUUGCCCUCACCCAUUGGAUAGCCCCAGCCCAGUGGAAAUUCCCAGACAACCAUUUAGUCUUAGCCCACUACCAGGAGAUGAUAAGGGGCACGUCAGAUACUAUGGCUCCACGCAAGCCUCCAACACCUCCUGCCGUUCGACUCGCCACUCCUCUGAAAAUGCCUCCCAAUGGUCCUCUCCCAGCCCCUCGAGCUCCUCUAAGUAUCUGAAUCCUUCUGACUCUCGGCUGCCUCUGGAGUAUCAUCAAAGCCCUCGGCAGCCUACUAUUGGUUACUACGACACCACCAAGAUGGAGGACAAAGGGGACUAUGUUCCUGUGGUUGCUACUACUGUUAAGUCUUCACCUGGCUUCAAAGACCGCUCCAACCCCGCUGACUGCUCCGAGACUCAGAAGGCCAACUGUGUAGACCAUUCCAAGACUCCGAUGACAGUGAGACGGAUUAUUACAGUGUUUGAGAUCGUUCCAGGGAAAAGUGACCCACCUGUCCUGCACAGCUGGAACCAACGACGCCUGGAGGUAAAUGUGCAACAGAAGAUAGCCCAUAAUGAGAGACUGAAGGGAGGAGGGACCAACCCCACCUCUAACCUGACCUCUACCUCCACCCACCUCGAUACCACCCAGUCCACCUCAACCUCAUCUCAGGCUAAAACAAGAAGGAUCGCCAGGAAAACCACCAGCCUUCCAGACUUCUCCCCGCAGCAUGUCAACAACCCUCCUAGUCUCAGUGGGUCGGAGGGUAAAGGUCAAGACAAGCCGUCCAUCUGGAUGUACCUGCAGGGUGGGGCCCAGAUCACCUUCAUCACCCAGGAUAUCCAGGAGAAGCUGGAGUCCCAUGUCCGUCGCAAGCAGAGCCAGCGCCUCUGGGGAUUCCCCAAGCAGGUCACCAGGUACGUCGGAGACCACCUUGCCGACCUGGCUGCCCAGGCCCCCUCCGCUUCCGGCGACAGCAAGACGGUUAAGAUCCCUGGCAAGAUCAUGGGCAACGUGAGCGACCAUGUUGGCCGAGGGCAGCGAAACACAGAGUUGUGUUUCAGGCUGUGUAACAGGACAAGGCCAGGGGAGGAGAGAGAGGAGACCCAGGCUACUAGUCCUACAGCUACAGCCAAACUCAAGGACAAUUUAUACAGCUCACGUGCCAACAGCAGGCCUGUGGAGAAGACUCCCUUCACCAGCACCAGCAGCACCAUUACUCCCCAGCCAGCCGAGAGCCACACUACCAGACCCACCCAGAGCAGCCGAUCUCUGGACGAGUCCUCCCUCCAGAUGGCCCUGAACCCAGUGACCCUGACCCAGGAGAGACGCCAGCUGGAGAUGCAUGUGAAGAGGAACUGUCUGGAAGUCAAGCUCAAACCCCUCCCUGGCAUGGUGGCCACCAGCCAGACAACCCUUUCCUCGGCAACCAGGCAGCCAACUAGGCAGCCCAUCCAGGCAGCAGCCCUCGACCCUCUGAAAUUCCCUGCGCCACUAAGGCGGAGGGAUCCGGCGGCAGCGGAGGGAUACGCGUCUUCUAUGGACCCAGAGGCACCGAGGCGUCAGGAGGAGAAUCUGGUGAUGAAGCCCACAUCUUCGGCCACCUCUUCGACCUCCUCAGCCCACCCUCACAGCUCAGCUCUGGAGACUUGGACCGGCAUAGACACUGUCUCAGGACCCCGCUCUGCCUCCACCCCCAUACGGCUGUUGUGUUAUGACACGGACACUGACAGGCUUUUUGUGUUUACGACAUAGAUCUACAUGGACUAUUUGUUUUGGUACCAGACGAUUCAGAACUGAUACAU